GAUGCACAGCAAGCCUAUUUCCCAGCGCUUCGGGUUGAUGCUAGAGGCCUUCUGCCGUGGCUGCGGGAUGUACCUGAAGCACCUGAACCGACAGGUGGAAGCCAUGGAGAAGCUCAUCAACCUCACUGACAUCCUCAAACAGGAGAAGAAGGACGAGACUCAGAAGAUGCAGAUGAAGUUCCUGGUGGAGCAGAUGAGGCGGCCCGACUACAUGGAGGCCCUCCAAGGAUUCAUCUGCCCCCUCAACCCCGUCCACCAGUUGGGCAACCUCCGGCUGGACGAGUGCCGGAUCAUGUCCUCGGCCAAGCGUCCCUUGUGGCUCAACUGGGAGAAUCCGGACAUCAUGUCCGAACUGCUCUUCACGAACCACGAGAUCAUUUUUAAGAACGGAGACG